CCUAGAAGGAUAUAGCUAUGUAUACCCAAUACAGCAGUAACUACGCUUCCAUCCAAGUGUAUUCAGUAGACCAUCUAUACUCCUCGUCACAUGACAUGUCACGUCCGACACGUCUCCGCCAGGGCCCCUACCCAUCACGUGCCGCUCCCACCAAACAAAAUUUUGUUUUGUAAACAAACCCAUGAACAUUUCAGCGUCUCUCAACGUUGUCCCUUGAUACCCCUGUCUUGCUCCAUCCGUCCCAAGUCUCGUCUUGGCUUCCCAAUCCUCCCCAGCACACGCUCCUCCUGACAGUUUUCCCCGUGCUUUAGCCUGCCGUGGUCAUUCUAGCGCCCAAAAAUCGCCAAUAUGUCCACCACUUCCACGCCACGAAAACGUCCCCUUGGCGACGUUGACGAAAACGAGUUACCCUCGUUUGAAGAUCCAGCCGACUUGGUCAAUGCCGUGAUUCUGACGCUCCAGGCACCUCUGGAGCCCACAAACGUGUCAGAGACAUAUGCCAACGAUAAGAACUUGGCCACUGAGGUCCAGGCGUACGCCAAGAUCGCAGGCCAGGACUGGACGUUCUACGUCAAGUCAUUGGCAGUGUCGCUUGGCAGAAACACCGACAACCAGCCGCCUCCAGGCGUUAAUGCUGGUGGUUCUGUUGAUAUCGACUUGGGCCCCGCCAAGGUGGUUUCCCGUCAACACGCCACCAUAACCUACAACCUCGACCUCCGCUGCUGGGAACUUCAGGUUCUCGGCAGAAACGGAGCCCGUAUAGACGGCCAGAAGGUGCCUGUGGGCCCCAACCACUCCACGCCUCUCCACUCGGGAGCCAUCCUCGAUGUGGGAGGCACCCAGAUGAUGUUCAUUCUUCCUGACUCGCCUCCAAACAUACUGCAAAAAGUGCUCACCAAGUGCUUGAUCAAAUACAAGGAAAACAUGUCCAAAGUGAAGAAACCCAGCAUGGGCACCUACCCCAACCCCGGGUCCCAGAUCCGCAGCUUCCAGAUGUUCGACAAGGCACAACUCAUCCAGUCGCCCUCCUCUGUGUCUGCCACCUCGUUGCAGAACAAUUUGGACCAGGAUUUGUCUAAGGAAGAGGCCAAAGACAUCAAACCCCCAUAUUCGUAUGCUACCAUGAUCACCCAAGCAAUCUUAUCCAACGAAGAUGGGGUGAUGUCCUUAUCGGAAAUUUACAACUGGAUUGGUUCUCAUUAUGCAUACUACAAAUAUUCCAAAACUGGCUGGCAAAACUCGAUCAGACACAAUUUGUCGUUGAACAAGGCCUUCGAAAAAGUCCCCAGAAGACCCAACGAGCCUGGUAAGGGUAUGAAGUGGCAAAUCAGCGAGAGCUAUAAGGAAGAUUUUAUGAGCAAAAUUGAAAAUGGCUCGAUACUGAAAAACAGAAGAGGCUCUUCUGUUUCUAGACAACUCCACUUGCACUUGGCUACCCACAAGAGCUUACCGGAAUCACAAAAGCCAUUCUCCAAGGAUCCUUCAAUAGAACUGCAGCUCCACCACAAUCAACAGAAGCAAUUGCAGCAACAUCAACAACAGCAACAACAGUCUCAACAGCCACAACAAUUCUCCCACCUGAGAACCAAUUCUUUACCAAGAUUGGGCCAACCAUACCUGAUGGUGAACCAACCAAUGCAACCAAACCCGUUAUCAUACAUGUCCAACCAACCUAACAAUGGAUACGGUGGCGUGGCUUCUUCUCAAAGGGCUUUUGGAUAUCAACCAAAUGCCCCUCAUUUAAUGUAUGGUGCUCCAAUGAUGCACCACCAGGUGCCACCAGUCUCUAUACAAGGUCAACAAAACAUACCCAAGGGAGAAUUAUCAUCGCCCAUAAGACAACUUAGUGACGUCAACAGCACUACUCCGAAAUUGCCCAAAGUUUCGGGCAACCACUUAUUUAACCUCCCACCACCACCUCCAUCGCACAGUUUGGGAACAUCUGCUCCAGUAGCUCAUCAUUCACGUCUGAAUUCAUACACCAAUCCCAAUCAAUUGCAAGACCCAAUCCAAGUCAGUUCAUACUCUAAUAACCAUAACCCCAGCUCCACUGCCGAUUCCUCCACCAACCAAGGAUCGACCUCUACUGCUCAAACUGAUUUAUCACUUGGAUUUGCCAGUCCCAAAAAGAUUGCACCACUUGAAGCAUUCACCCCUGAAAGGGGUUCAAAGUCAUCUAAUGUCAAUAAGCUCGGAGUGAACGGGGUCAACACCAACCAAUCGUCUCCGGCUUUUUGGAAUUUUGUUCAAUUUAGUACACCCAAUGGCCAGACCCCCAUGAGAAAGAAUAGUGAUGAGCUGAAUUCUCAAGGCAGUCCUACUACCCGGAAACUUCAAGGCAGUAAUCGAUUUGACAAGGAAGAAAGCGAUAAGGGAGACUUAUCUCCAUUGAAGUCCAAGAACUCCGAUAACGAGGACAAAAAGUGAUAUUGAGAUUUUCUUGGUUCAAUCGAUUUGCAUAUUGCCUUAUCACUCAUUAUUUUGGGGAUUGUGUGUUAUACCUGUACAUUGUUAUUAAUCAUUUGAUUGUUUCUUGAUAUCUCUUCUAUUAUUACGACCUAAUUGACCAUCCUGUAAGUGCGAGUUUGACAGCCAGACUGUAACAUCCAUCUUUUCAGAUGUCGAGUACAUUCAUUUA